AUGGUCAAGAGCAAGUUCGAGUACGUGAAGAAAUUCGAGCGAGACGACAGCUGUCUGCCGGACUGCUGGAUCGUGAUUAGGAUAGACGGCAGGAAUUUCUCCAAGUUCUGCAAUGCGCACCAGUUUGUCAACGUGGCCGCGCUUGAAUUGAUGAAUCGUGCUGCUAUCACCGUUAUGGAGGACUUUAAAGAGAUUAUACUGGCCAGAGCGACGAAUAUUCCUUCGUUUUCCGGAAAGACACACAGUUUUACAACCGCAGAAGCGAAUCCAGAAGUAAUCGGUUUGAAAAGCUUAGCGAUUUAUCAAUCGCCAAUCUCAACAAAUAAUAUUAAAAAUACGAUAUCCGCUUCUCUUUCACUUACUAUGGUAAAACCUGCGAACAACGUUCUUCCAACUUCACAAGUGGCCAACGUGAAUGCAGUUAGUGAAGAAGCGCAUUCUAAUAAACAAAGACACUAA